CAGGGAGAGGAUAGCAGUACACGCAUCCAUACACGCACCAGCCCGUCGUAACCCUCCAGGCUUCAUUCAUAAACCCUUGGAAUGGUCAGGUCAGGCUGGGUCUAUAAACAGGCCCCGCCCACCACGACUGUGCUUUGAAAGGAGAGGGGUGCGUCAGGCAUCUCUUUACCCUAUUGGCGCACCUGGGGAGUGACGUCGUGGGAAGUGGCUAGCCGUUGGACAGCCGUGCCGGUUGGGGGCGUAGCCCACCGCUGCCGCUGCGGGGUGUCGCCUCUCGGAGAGCAGGGCCGGCUUAGAUGGAGAGAAGCGGGCGAAGAGCGGAGAGGCGCCCAAGGAGGAGAUUUUAAGUGGGACCGUCGCCUUUGCGCACUGGCCACGGAGCCACCAUCAUCUAUCUCGCUCCCUCCCCAGCUUAUUUUUUUCUCCCUUGGCCCCCAAGGAUGGACUUCCUGCUUAGUGGGGUGGCAGCCUGUGGAGCCUGCCUGUUUACCAACCCGCUGGAGGUGGUGAAGACCCGGAUGCAGCUGCAAGGAGAACUCCGUGCUCCGGGGACCUACACCCGCCAUUACCAUAAUGUCUUCCAUGCCUUCUACACCAUUGGACGGGUGGACGGCCUGGCAGCUCUGCAGCGGGGCCUUUUGCCUGCCUUGUUUUACCAGUUUGGCUUUAAUGGCCUCCGCCUGGGCAUCUACGGGAUCCUCGACACAGCUGGCUACAUUCACAGCGCUGAUGGAUACAUCAGCCCACUGCGUACUACAGUGGCAGGGGCGCUGGCCGGGGUGACGGGUGCCACCAUGAGCAGCCCCAUCUACAUGGUGAAGACCCACAUCCAGGCUCAGUCAGCUGCUGAGAUCGCUGUAGGCCACCAGUAUCAACACCAGGGGAUGCUCCAUGCGCUGACCAUGAUCUACAAAGAGCACGGCGUGCUAGGCCUAUGGCGUGGGUCCCUCUCGGCUGCACCGCGGGUCAUGGUGGGCUCUGCUACACAACUCUCUACCUUCUCCUCUUCCAAAGAGUUUUUUAGCCGACUUGAGAUCUUCCCUAAGGACAGUUGGCUGGUGGCCUUGAGUGCCGGAAUGACAAGUAGCGUUACCGUAGCUGUCGCCAUGACGCCUUUUGACGUGGCCAGCACCCGCCUCUACAACCAGCCUGUGGGACCUGAGGGCCGGGGCCUGAUGUACAAGGGCCUUUUUGAUUGCCUUACCAAAAUCAUCCGUUCGGAGGGGUUCUUUGGGAUCUACAAGGGCCUGGGGGCUUCCUAUUUCCGCAUCGGGCCUCACACAAUCCUCAGCCUUCUCUUUUGGGACCGGCUGCGCCAAGUGUACACCAACUGGACGCAGAAGCGAUGAUGCCUAUUGUGGCUGCCUGUGCAGACUGCUUAUUUGAUUGCCAUGUCGCCUGAGAUGCAGAGGCCUUCAAGCCGGCACAGCCAGGCCCUCCUUCUGCUAUGUCUUUGACCUUGGCCCCCAGGGCUGCGAUGAAUUUACUCCGCUGAUGUGUAGGGAAAGCGAGUGGUCACCUGUCCCUUGCACUGCAGUCCAUCAUGAGGCUGCUACUGAUUAUUUUUGUAAAUGAUUGUUCUCAUCUCCUAGACUUUUUCUCUCUCUUGCUUGCUAUACAUUUGGGAGAAGAUGACGCUUUAUAUACAUAUACAGGCACAACCUCUUUCUCCAAAUGUUAAAGUUUGCAGUUGUAACUUAUUAACCGAUGAGACAAUCAUGUGACGCCAGCAGCCAGAGAACGUUUUAAGAGCAACGCUGAGUUUUGCACCCAAGCAGCUCCUUUCUGUUCCUACAGGCCUGCCCACCAAGCUGAAUACAGCCUGCUACCAGCUGCAUAUUAUGGUCUCCUAGGUCAUUGAGGGCUACCCAAAAUCCCGGAAAAGCAGCAAACAAAGGAAGUUUGUUGGCCUGUGGGCUGCUGCUAAUUUUGCAGCACCAUGCAAGGGUUUUUAGACAGAGGCUUGCAGGUUCUCUGCUCUUCCAAGGCCUCAACUUUCAGUGUUUCUAUAGCAACCCCUGUAGUAGGUAAGUUUCAUUUCACUGCCCAUGAGAAUCCACGCAGUGGCAAUAGGCCAACCCCUGGGUGGCGCUAAAGUAUAAUAUAUCUCCUUCAGCUGCUCCUAGUCCCAGCUAAGGUUCCCUGCCUGUCCCUCCUAGAGUUAAACUAGAAUUACAAUUCCGUUGUCUGAACUGGAGAUGGGGUUUCAGGUUACUUUUUAAUUCCAUUCUCAGCCUCUCUGCUGAGUAGGCAGAGGAAUUGACAGAUCUCCAUGUGAGGCGCUGGAAAAAUCCAGGGUUUCAUUACGGUUGUGACUAAACCAUAUUGUAUAGCAACCAACUAUACCCACAAAGCGAAAAGGCAAGAGUUCAUGCUCUAGGCAGGUCUUAAUUUGUGGGGAAAGAGAAAUGUGACAUUUUUCCAUCAUCCCUUUCCAUUGGAGCCUGCUGGCUGGAGCUGGUGGGAGUCCACCAACAUCUGGAGGGCCACAGGCUCUCCAUCCUUGGGUUACAGUAAAAGUGAUGCUGAUUACAUUGGCCCUUCAAACCCUGCCCCCUCCCUCCCCCAAAGUCUUUCAGAACCACCACUCUCCCACCCAAAAGUCAAGGCUUCAUCGAAGGUUGGUGCUUGGAUCCUAUUUAUUUCCAUGUAAACCCGUUGCACUUUCCCCCUUCAGACCAUAUUGGAUUAAAAUCCCAAGCCUGACUGUAAGUGAGGCAGAGUGUGUCAAUCUAGUUGAAUUCCAUGCUCUGAUUUAGGCGUGGGGAUCCUUUGGCCGUCCAGAUGUAGCUGAACUACAACCCCCGUCAGCCCCAGCUAGCAAGGCCAACAGCCAGGGAUGAUGGGAGUUGUAGUUCAGCAACAUCUGGAGGGCCAAAGGUUCCCCACGCUCUGCUGUAAUUGCUGCUGACCCAUAAGGAGAGGUGGGAGGGCUUUUAUUCCUUUAUAUCAUUGGGAUAACAUGUACUGACAAGCCAUGCAUGUCAUUCCUAAAAAUGGACCUGUACAUUCCAGUUAGCACUGAGCCUUGCUACGACUCCUUUUUUAAAUGCAAGACUUAAAAGUAUAUAGUUUUUAUAUUUUCAAAGGAUAAUCAAUUGCUGUCCUUUUCCCAGUAUUCCUUUGUACAACUGGAUGCCCUAUAUCUAACCUGAAGAAGUUUGAAAGAACAGCCUUAGUUGUUAUGACAAGACAUGGGGGGGGUGAGGGAAGAAAAUGUGCAGAAAAGAAAAAAAAGAAAUAGGUUAAUACUAUGAUCUUGCUCAGACACAUCUGCUUCCCCCAACCCUGAUCCUCAAGCCCGAGGAAGAGCUGAGUAUGACUCUAAAGCUUAUAGUCCACAUUAUGAACAUUGGUUGGUCCUAAUAAAAGGCAUCUCUUUGUUUUUGUUUUUUUUAACUAACUCUGAAUUGUCUUCUAAUGGACUAAUACCCACCCACCUUUCCUGAUUGCAAGAAAUUAAACGCUUGUUGGAGGAGGCAGUUGUUAAUGGUAUAUUUUGCAAUUGGGUAGAGCAACCUGGAGAGCUAAUUCCAGCUUCUUCCUGAACUGGGUGGAAUACGUUGCUGGCGUUGUGAGGAGUAGUCCAGGCUGAGACUCUA